GCUUCCCCUCCCCUUCUCCCCGCCUCCCCUCAGAAGUCUGGCCAUGGCUGGGGGCUCCGCAGGUGAGUCCCCGCACGGGCUACUGGGCCGGGUGCGCUUCCUGCAGGAGGCGGCCCGCUGCCUCCGCACCGCUCGUCCGUUGCCGAGGCCGCUGGCCUUCGUACCCCUGGAGGUCCGCUACAAACUGUGCAAAGACCCCGUGGGCCCCGGGCCUCCUCGCUGCGUGUUGCCCGUCUGGGCGGCGCCAGGGUCCACCGCUAGGCGUGCCGGGCGCGACAGCCCGGGCAGCAUCGAGGUGCCUCGCGGGGGCUGCGUGCGGGCUACGGGCGAGGAGCUGUGCAACAGCCACGGGCUCUGGAUCAAGCUCACCAAGGAGCAGCUGGUGGAGCUCGGAUGCAGCUGCGACCUCCCUGAAGGCUGGCUCCUGGCCUGCAAAAACGCCGAAGGCGGCGACCGCCUGGUGCCCGUGGCCUCCACCGACUGCCUGCAGAGGCAGCAGCAGCUCUUCGGGGUGGACUACAGGCCCGUGGCCAGGUGGGAGCAGGUGGUGGACCUGACGUACUCCCUGCGCCUGGGCGCGCGGCCUCAGCCUGCGAAGGAGGAUGCCGAGGCGGUGCAGAGGCUGCUGUACGUGCCGCCAACGUGGACGUACGAGUGCGACGAGGACCUGGUGCACUUCCUGUACGACCACGUGGGCAAGGAGGACGAGAAUCUGGGCAGCGUGAAGCAGUAUGUGGAGAGCAUCGACGUGUCUUCCUACACGGUGAGGGUUGCGGCUGCCUGCCUGGCACAUGGCAAGGCCCCAGGCCUCCCCAGCAGUGGGAGNGCUCCAGGGUCUGCCUGGCGGGCACGGACCCCCCCUCACCCCGGGCCUCCCACCAGGAAGCUGCUGCUCACGGUGGACACGACGGACGACAACUUCAUGCCCAAGCGCGUGGUGGUGUACGGCGGGGAGGGGGACAACCUGAAGAAACUGAGCGACGUGGCCAUCGACGAGACGCUCAUCGGGGACGUCUGCGUGCUGGAGGACAUGACCGCCCACCUCCCCAUCGUGGAGAUCCGCAUCGUGGAGUGCCGAGAUGAUGGCAUCGACGUCCGCCUUCGAGGAGUCAAGAUCAAGUCCUCCCGGCAGCGCGACCUGGGGCUGAGCGCCGACAUGUUCCAGCCCGCCAGCCUGGUGCGCUACCCGCGUCUGGAGGGCACGGCGCCCGAGGUCCUGUACCGCCGGGCCGUGCUCCUGCAGAGGUUCAUCAAGGUCCUCGACAGCGUCCUGCAUCACCUCGUGCCCGCCUGGGAUUACAGUCUGGGCACCUUCAGUGACAUCAAGCAAGUCAAGCAGUUCCUGCUGCUGUCUCGCCGGCGCCCAGCCCUCGUGUCCCAGUGUCUGCGCGACUCUGAGACCGGCAAGCCCAGCAUCAUGCCCCGUCUGUACAUCAACCGCCGGCUGGCCAUGGAGCACCGUGACUGCCCGGCCCGAGACACCAGCUGCAAGAACGCCGUCUUCACCCAGGUAUAUGAGGGCCUCAAACCGUCUGACAAAUACGAGAAGCCGCUGGACUACAGGUGGCCCCUGCGCUAUGACCAGUGGUGGGAGUGCAAGUUUAUCGCCGAAGGCAUCAUUGACCAAGGGGGAGGUUUCCGGGACAGCCUGGCCGACAUGUCGGAGGAGCUGUGUCCCAGUUCGGCCGACACUCCCGUCCCCUUGCCCUUCUUCGUCCGCACGGCCAAUCAGGGCAACGGUACCGGCGAGGCCCGGGACAUGUACGUCCCCAACCCCUCCUGCCGAGAGUUCGCCAAGUACGAAUGGAUCGGGCAGCUGAUGGGGGCUGCCCUGCGGGGCAAAGAGUUCUUGGUGCUGGCGCUGCCCGGCUUCGUGUGGAAGCAGCUGUCGGGGGAGGAGGUGAGCUGGAGCAAAGAUUUCUCCGCUGUGGACUCUGUGCUGGUGAAGCUCUUGGAGGUGAUGGAGGUGAUGGACAAGGAGACGUUUGAAUUCAAGUUUGGGCAGGAGCUGACGUACACCACGGUGCUCAGUGACCAGCGCAUGGUGGAGCUCUUGCCCGGCGGGGCAGCCACGGCCGUGCGUUAUGAGGACCGCGGACGCUUCAUCCAGCUGGUGCAGAAGGCCAGGCUGGAGGAGAGCAAGGAGCAGGUGGCUGCCAUGCAGACGGGGCUCCUGAAGGUGGUGCCCCAAGCGGUGUUAGACCUGCUGACCUGGCAGGAGUUGGAGAAGAAGGUGUGUGGGGACCCCGAAGUCACGGUGGACGCCCUCCGUAAGCUGACCCGGUUUGAGGACUUUGAGCCAUCGGACACCCGCGUGCAGUAUUUCUGGGAGGCCCUCAACAACUUCACAAAUGAGGACCGGAGCCGCUUUCUCCGCUUUGUCACCGGCCGGAGUCGCCUGCCCGCCCGAAUCUACAUCUACCCGGACAAGCUGGGCUCAGAAACGACUGAUGCCCUGCCAGAGUCUUCCACCUGUUCGAGCACCCUCUUCCUGCCCCAUUAUGUCAGUGCCAAGGUGUGUGAGGAGAAGUUGAGGUAUGCUGCCUACAACUGUGUAGCCAUCGACACAGACAUGAGCCCCUGGGAAGAGUGAGCUCCCUGGCCUGGCAGCGCUCCUGGGGACCCCAGGCAGGUUGGCACUGGACGCUGGAUGUCGGAGUGUCUCGGGACAGCAGUGAGUGCCUUCUCUACUGUGCCUCUGCUGGGGGGCCGAUGCCCUCUGCAUCCUUCUGAGGUCGGGCUGCCUCAAGAGGGGAUGGAAGGCAGUCCCUACCCUAAUAAACCACUUCACCCCUC